AGAGUGUUUAAAAGUAUGAAGUGGGUAAACCAGUUUCUAAAUAUAUAUUUAUUCGUUCUCACCGAGGAAAAAUUCAGAUUGUAAAACGAAAAAAUUAAUAAAGAGUGUAAACACAGACUCAGAAUCGAAUGGUCUGCCAUUGUUGUUAUUGUCGUAGAUGAGGUUGCAGAGGACGUGGGCAUCUUCAUCUUGCCCGAUGGCCAAUGGGAACGCCAAUGCUCUCUUCACCUACUUUAUUGAAUUGCAAAACGGCAGAUUGAACUUUUCCAUUACAAUUUAACGAAUGGCACUCAUGGCAUCAUGUCGUCAGAUGACAAGAUUAUGGAGGGUGGGGGUGAGGGAUCAUCUCAUGACACCCACCAAGCCAUUACAUGUACAAUUCACAUCAUGGCUCCUACCGACUUAGGGACAAAUGCUAUUGAUUCUGCAUUAGUGGCAUCUGUGGAAGCCCAAGAUACCAGGCAAGAGAGUGACAGCUCUCUUUUGGUUGUCCCUGCUGAUGGGGAUGAUGCUAUUAAUGUUAGUGCCAAAAAUAUUAUACAGACAGUGACUGAGACUAACAUUGGAAGUGUAGAUUUACCUGUGAUAUCAAAUAUUAAUAGUGAUCAGGUUUCUGAGCAAAGUAUAGAGUUAAUAACAAAAGAUGAAAAACAUGUGGAAGACAUAGAAGAAGAUAUAGGCUGUCACUGUUUGAUAUGCAAUGAAGAACUACAAGAACAAGACAACAUAUCUGUUUUUAAGUCUUUUACUACAACAAGUCAAAGGAAAGUAUCCAUCUUUCUUGGGGAUCUUGUGGGCCAAAAACUUACGUCACGCAAGACACACAGUACUAUAAUAUGUGAUAAGUGUUUUAAGUUAUUAAAUAAGCUAGACCUACUUGAGUUUGAGAUACAAGAAACCAAAGAAGAAAUUAUUACAAAGUAUCAGGAAACCAUUGCAGCUUAUGGGGGCAGAGCACGCAGAAAGAAACCUGCAGCAGCCAAGAAGUCAGACUACGUUUUCCCAAAAAUUGAGCCCGAAGAGGAAGACAAAGAAGGUAUAGAAAUUGAGGGAGACGAGAUCUAUCAACCACAGGUUGAUGAUCUUUUGGAAGAGGAACAGGAUCGACGUGAAGAUAGAGACUCAUUGGAUGAAGAGUGGGAGCCUGAAGUUAAAAGAGCUAGGAUCAAAAAAGAAUCUACUGCAGACCCUAGUGGACCACCAAAGAGAAAGAGAGGACGUCCUCGAAAAGAUGCAUCGAAGACAAAGGCGGAGUUGGCGAGCUCGAAAGGUGGGGUUGCACGAAGUAAAGAUGAAGAUGAUCCCUUACCUCUCUUUGACAAUCCUGCUUGUCCAGUAUGUGAAGCCAGUUUCUCCUUUCCAUCUCAACUGCGACGACAUGUUCGUCAUGAGCACCCUGAUUUUGAUGCUCAGUUACUUCCACAUAAAUCCGUGACAUUUUCACCCAAGAAAAAAGUUGAUUUGAUGCAUGUGGAAGUUGAAGAAGGUGCAUUAACAGAUGAUCAACCUUUAAUAUAUGAUCUUCGAUGUUCUUGGUGUGAUCAGGAUCAUACUGUCAAAGAGGAAUAUGAUGAACAUCUCAAAGAACAUGGUGAAGUUGCUUUUAGACAGUACAUGGAAGCUUUACAAGAAGCAGCAUCUCCAAAACCAAAGAAAAAAUUGAACUCUCUAGCUGAAGAGUCUGAUAACUGCUCUUCAAAAGAGAAUUUGAAGAAUGAAGACAGAUCUGCUGUACAAUGCAACUGCUGUGGCUUUAGCUGUGGAGAUGAGUGGACACUUGAGCACCACCUGGAUAUGUGUCACAAAGAUGCCUCUAGAACAUGUGGUCUGUGUAAUGAACAAUGCUUUGAUGCAGCUUCCUUGCAUGAUCACUUAAUUCAUCAUUUUCAUGGUGUGAUGGUGUGUCCAGUUUGCCCCAUUAAGUUUUCAGCAAGGCAUCAUCUGCUGUCACAUUUAAAAGUUUGUCAUCCUUCUGGCUGUGUUAUUGUUUGUAGUGAAUGUGACAAAAAAUUUGAAACUUAUCAGAUGUAUGAGGUGCAUCUCAUGGAGUUCCAUGGCAAAGGAGCUCUCCGAGUAUGUAAAAUAUGUGGAAAAGGAGUAUUAGUUUUUGAUUAUUAUAAGCAUGUUGAGGAACAUAGCGCUUCAGGAAAAAGUAGCAUAGACACUGGAUCUCUUUCAUGCAACCUUUGCUUCAGAAAAUUUGAAUUUUCCACACAACUUUACCAACACAAAUAUCAUGAGCACCCUGAAGCUUUUAGUUUCAAAUGUGAUGAAUGUGAAAGGAGGUGUAGAACUGAACGUUUACUUUAUAUGCACAAAUGGGGACAUAAGUAUGGUUCACAUCAGUGUCCUGUUUGUCGAUUAAAGUUCCGCCAGGUGGACCAACUAAAGAAGCACCUUUUAGCUGCUCACCCAGACCAAGAAGGCUAUUCUUGUAAGUACUGUCCUUUGACUCUGAAAAACUAUGCAACAUUUAUUGCUCAUUGUAAGUUCAAGCAUCCUAGAGAAUCUGGAUACAACAGACCCGUGAGAUGUAAGAUUUGUGGUGAAUCAUUUGACCAUAAGAUGCAGUGGAAAUACCACAUGAGGAAUCAUUACACCCAAGAAUUGCAAACGUGCCCAAUAUGUGGCAUUUCUGUUAAGAACCUGGAAAUGCACAUGAAUCUACAUACAAAAUCUAAGAAGUUUGAAUGCAAAUUUUGUGGAGCUGUUUAUCAUAACAAGGCAAGUUUUCAUUUUCAUGUGAAGAGAGUUCAUAUGGGGAAUGAAAUUAGGAAAUACUUAUGUGACACAUGUGGAAAAGGUUUCUUGACUCCAGCUGAUCAGCGUAUACACAUAGCUCGUGUCCAUCAAGGUGAGAGGAAUUAUUGGUGUCCCACUUGUAAUAAAGGUUAUAAGAGCAAGGUAUCUCUAACCUACCAUGAAAGGCUUCAUACUGGUGAAAAGCCACAUAAAUGCACAAUCUGUGGAAGAACUUUCCGUGUCCCCUCGUAUCUUAAGCGUCACAUGGAGCAUGAUCACAGGACUCAAUAUACAGGGGUAUAUUUUAAACAGGGAAGACCUAAAAGUCAAGAAGCACGUGGUCAAAUGCGGCGCCCGCACCAACAGACUAAUGAACGAGUUGAGAGUGUCAGUAUGGGUCAGGCAAAUGGAUCCAUACCUGAAAUUGUACAGAUAACAGUUCCGAUGGAAAUGGGAGAAGAAGUAGUAGCAGCAGUCGACAGUGUGCAAAGUGUACAAGGUCGUCGUUAUAAUACAGAGCAAGACGGUUUUGUUUAUGUUGUUUAUGAGGAGGUUAAUGAGUAAAAUUGAAAUUGGAUAGGUAUGAAAUAUUUCUUUGAAUCGUAUCUAAUAUUCAUAUACAUAAUUAUAAGCUUGAAGCAUGUUCACUUGGCAGGUAAGAAAAAGGGAAAGAAAAUGAAGGGGUUGUGACUAGUUUACUGGCCUUUCUUGUCUUGCCAUUAACUAUCCUCUGGCAGGUAAAGAUUUUGUGACUUGUUUUCUAUGCCUCAGGUAGUUUUCUGACUCUGGUUGUAGGGAUAUUUUUCAAUUGUUUUUCUUGGGCUACACCUGAUAAUUGGUAUAGCUUUAUCAUUGUUUUGUUUAGGAUGCUUUCUUUGUAUACUACUGUAGUAGGAUCAUUUCUGAAGUUAGAUAUUGCAGGAAUGAUUAAUGUGGGAGUCACGCCCACAAAAUACCUGGCAUUUGUUGAAAUAUGGCUUAGAUAAUCACUGCCCCAAUUGGCCUAUUGCUAUUACGAAAGGAUAUUUAAGUACAGGAAUAAAAGAAAAUUAAAUAGGAACAGGUAACAUUUUAUUGAAGAUGUUUGCUCUGAUAUGGAGCAGGCAGUUGAGGAACAGGUAGGCUUAAAGUCAGUGUUAACUGUGAGCACUCCUUAACAACCCUACACUUUAAUGUGUAUUCCCAAUCCUCUCACCCCUCUCCCUAACUUUCCUUCUUUCUCCCCUAUGGUUCAAGCUACAAUGCCAUUUGAUAUUCAGUUCCUCGUGUCUUCGAUAGCAGAAUUGGUAAAAUUUCAAAAGCAAGACAAAAGAGCUAGGAUCAUGAUACUUUUGGUUUCUUGUUCCCCAUCAUAAGAGAGGGUGAGCCAGCAUCCUGCUCAGGAAUAUGCCUGCUACCACUGUCCUUUUGGUCAUAUCUACCCAUUACCUAGGGGAGGUUGGCCUUUGCUCCUAAUCAUUUGAGUAGAUGAAUAUAGGAUUAGGCCUCUGUCAAAGAGGAAGUUAGCCAGUUUAGUACAGUAAUCACUUAAGAAAAUUGUUGUACAUCAAGUCUGUAAAUUGCUGAUAAAAUUAUCUUAACUUGAACAGCAAAGAGGAAAUGAUUUCCUUUUAAAAUUGUGGUACUGAGUUAUGUAUUAAAGUGUAGUACCCUCUGUUCAGUAGGUAUUUUUGAUGUGGUUUGUCCCGAUCUACAAUACUUCUUUGCGUCUUUGGCUCAGGAACACAAUUCUUCGCAUGAAAGCAAAUCCUUAAGAAGAGUACAGUACUAUACCUCUGAGCAUGGCAUUCCUUACCAGGACCAACACUGUCAAUCCUCAGCUGUGGUCAAGGAACUGUCAGCAGGAUUACUAACAUCAAAUAACAGCUGCUUUUUGGUUUAAUUUCAAAACUAAUGUUUUCUACAGGUUGGGUUUACCAGCCUUUGCUGUACUGCCCUCCCAUCUGUGUCAGUGUGGUAGUUAGCUAUAUGAAUGUUAGGUAAGAUUGACAGAUAUAAUAGCAAUUUUCAUACGCAUUAAAAUUGGUAAUUUCUGUACUUGCCAAACCUUCUUAAGUAUCCACCCGGCCUCUCCCCAGUCCAAUAGGCAAAGAACUGAGGCAAAGAAACUGGAGUUGCUCUAUCUCCAACCUCUUUAUUUUCUUUCCUUUUUCUCAACUACCAAGUAAGCCUUAAGCUUGAAAGUUACAGCUAUCUGAAUGUUAGGUAGGUGUAGAAAUAUAACCAGUUCUAAUAUGAAGAUUAUGAUUUCCUAAAAGAAAAUGCACUCUGCAAUAUUGCUUCUAAACAAUAUUUUUGUUAAAAGCUUGGAGAUUUUUUGGAAGCAGGUCACAGUAUAUUAUAAUUUUUGCUGAGUGUAAGGAUUAUAAAAAAUUAUAACGUAUCUUGAAUUCAGUAGUUUUCAAGUGAUAUAAUCACCCAAAAAGCUAAAGAAAUUUACUUUAAUACUACAUUUAUUGUAACCUCCUCUUAUCAAUAAGUUAUUGACAUGAUAUUAGUAAAUUGCGAUUUAUUACGUAAAUAAAAUAUACAAUACAUUUCAGGGGAAGAAGCUGUGUCACAAUUUUAAACUAUGCAUUAUGGUAACAUUGAAUUUACCAGCAAUUUUCUUCUAGAAGUAUAGGUCUACACUCUUUAGAAGAGGAAUAAGGAAUUCUUGAACUAAUUGUGAUUUUAUUGAAAAGGUUAAGUUUGAUGUAGUUAUAUUGUAGCAUUUAUACUUUAAUGGGGGUAUAAUGAAAAACUAGUCAUAAUAUACCCUUUAAAAAGGACAUCUUAUAAAAAGGUCAUUGUACUUGUGAACUCAAUAAGAAAAAUGUGAAGUUAUCUGUUCAUUAUCCUCAUAAUGAGACUGGUUACUAAAGAAACACAAAUAUUGUAUAUAUGAGCAAAAGUUAUAACUACCUAAAGUUUCUGAAACUGUUUAUUUAGUAAUACAUCUCCAAAAAGAAGAUGUUAGCCUUAAUUCAUGCUGCUAAGAACUAAAGUUGUUAUUUAAUUUAAUGCAGUUAAAACACUUGUAAAAAAAUGAAAAAAACAAACUAAUCUUGCUUUUAGCAUUCAUUUUAGCACCAUAACAUUUCUGUCACCACCAAGAAUAACACAAUUAUUCAUAUUGCACCAAAAAUUCAGAUUCAAUCACUACAAGUAUAUAUGAAAUAGAAAAAGUAAAGAUGUUGAGUAAGGUGAUGACAACUGGGGUCCUUAAAUCAAGGUGAUUACAGCAUUAUGGUACCUAGUAGAGAACAGAAAGUCCCAUAUUAUUGUAUUGUAAUAUUGCAGUAAUUCAAGUUCAUAAUUUUUACACAAAAUCUAAGGGAUUAUGAAAUCUUGCAUUUGAGGAAUGGGCAGCAUAAUGAACAGUGAAGCAUGAUACAUCAACCAUGAUUACAUAAGUGUUGUACAAUAGUAUGUAUAAUGAAAAAGAGGCAACAUUGUGAAGUGGCUGAAAUGGUGCUUAAGUGGGGCCUAGUUAUUGCUAUUUACAGUUAUA